GACGUGAGAGGAAAUUAGUCAAGAUGUUGCGGUUGGUAGCUGUGUUGGCUUUGGUGGCUUUGGCGGUGGGCUCGCCCUCAGUGGUGAGGUCUAGAGAAGAAAUUGAAUACUUUAGACACUUCUUGGAAAGCACUCAAAUCGACGAUGGCACCAACCUGGAAAUGAGGCAGACCUCUCCCUUGGCGAACCCUGAGGAGAACAGCGGCAAAUUCGAAGGCGAUAUUAUUCUCGACGACUUCAUGAUCCAGGAUAUGCUAAAAGAAUACGCCACGGGCCGUAACGCUUACAUCUGGCCCGAUACCAAGUGGCCCAACAACACUGUUGUUUGGGAAUACGGAGAGGGAGAGUUCGGUCCUCUACAACAAGCAGCUAUCGAGGAAGGCAUCGCCGACAUCGAGAAACACACCUGCAUUAGGUUCCGCAAACGGGAGCCUGAGGAAACCGUCUAUGUGCGAGUGACUGGCACUGCAAGCGGCUGUUUCGCCAAUGUUGGUUACUGGGAACCUCGAGGCAUUCACACUAUGAAUUUGGCUCGCAACGAGCCUGGUGUCGGGUGUUUCCGCCACGCCACUAUUGUCCACGAGUGGCUGCACAUCCUCGGCUUUCUUCAUAUGCAGUCCACUUAUGAUAGAGACAACUACGUGAGGAUCGUUGAGGAGAACAUUAUGGCAGGUACAGAAAACAACUUCCAAAUCUAUAGCAAUGAGCUCGUAUCCAACUUGGGAAUCGAAUACGAUUACGUGAGCUGCUUGCACUAUAGUGCCUAUGCUUUCUCCGCCAACGGUGAGAAGACUAUUAUUGCUCUGCAGGAACAUGAGGGUGACAUGGGACAGCGAAUAUUCAUCACCGAAAAAGAUUGGCUUCGCGUCAACCGGUACUACGACUGCCCUGGAGCUUGGGAAUAAACAAUUCCAAUAUUUACAUAAAUAUAGGUCGAAAGCACGUCAAGCCUGACAAGCCUGUCAAGCAUGAUGUGCCCUAUACCAUAAACAUCGAGUAUAUAACCAGAAAUAGAGACGAAAUGGCAUUUAAUUUGUUUGAAAACUAUUCUGCCAUAUCAUCACUGUGACAACUGCGCUCCGAUUGGCUAGCCUGAGUUCGAAACAAUUG